AAUUGGACCAAUUACAUUUUGAAUCUCCUCCAAUUCAUAACCCUAACCGCCACUUUCCUAAUUCCUCGAACUUAAUCAAUGGCCGGAGCAGAGGAGGAGAUCGUAGAGCUGAUCAAACCAGAGUUCCCGAUUGAACGGAUCAAGAGGAUCAUGAAACUCGAUAACUAUAUCAACAAGGCCACUUCAGAGGCAUUAUUCUUGCUUUCUUGUUCCACUGAGCUUUUUCUCCGAUUCCUCGCUGAGAGAUCCGCAGAAAUCGCUUUGGAAAAGAAGCGGAAGACGGUGAAGCUCGAUCACAUAAAUAAGAAUCGCCGUCAGAAGACACCUACCAACCGGCGAUUUACUUCUGGAUUCGCUUCUCGCGCCGGCCGAGUCAACUCAGUCCGUAGAUCUACCGCGUUCUCGAGCCACUGAAAAUAAACCUGCACCGCCUGAAACUCGCCGCAUAGAUCAGUUCUUUCGGAAGCCGGAUAAUGAAGCUCCAAUUGAGAU